AUGAGUGUCGAGGACGCCGUCAUCCAUUUUGAUCAAUACGUUCAUGAUCACAAAUUCAUAGAAGAGUUCGAAAAGCAGGAUAUUCUUAAGGUUCUCGAAAAGACUGAAACCUCUUUAGAUAAUGCUAUAAUUUUUCUUAAUGACUUAAAAUUAAAGUACAAAUCGUUAGAGGUUUUUGAAUUUUUCCAACAUCUCAACAUUCUUAUUGACGCAAAUGCAUCCACAAUUAAUCGUUUCUUGAUAAUGUUGACAAAAUCUCUUGAAUGCCCAUUCUUCACUGCACUUUCAUCAGUAAUACAGAUUCUUAUUAAUCAUUCAAGCACACCUACUCCUGCAAAUUCUGGUCCUGCCCCCCCAAUUUCUCAGAAUAUGAAUAUUUUACGCAGAUCUAUUUCAACAGACAUAUAUAAGAGAUUUGGAAGCCCAUUAGCUCUUGAUGAUGACAAUUCCAAAGUUACAAGUAACCAAAACAUAUCCCUUCUUAGAAAUGCAAAGAAAGAUUUUGAAAAAUGCUACAGAAUAUUAGAUCAUUGUGCUUCUCAGGAUGAUAAUGAUUGCAUUCAAUAUGCUAUUGAAAAAGGUAUUGUUAAUCUUAAAGGAAAGUACGAAAGAAACAUUUUCCAUGAAGCUGCUUACAAAGGACAUGUGAAACUUGUACAAUCUCUUGUAGAAAACGGUUACGAUUUUUCAAUACAAGAUAAAAACCAUAGAAAUGGUCUUCUUUGGGCUGCUUAUGGAGGACACAUACAUACUGUACAAUAUUUGAUGACUCUUGAGUCAGAUCAUCAUGGAAAUCAAGCUCUAAUAUAUGCAUGUGCUUCCGGCCAUCUAAAAAUUGUUGAAUUCCUUGCUUUACUGAAAUCUAUUGAUGUUGCUGCAGUUGAUGCUGAUGGAAUGACAGCAUUACAUUGGUCAGCAUUCCAAGGUAGAAUUGAAGUCGUAAAAUAUCUUUGCGCACUUCCAAAAGUUAAUUAUAACGCAAAAGAUAAUAAUGGCCGUACACCACUCCAUUUAGCUGCCAGUAAAGGUCAUUUAGAUGUUGUUCAGUUCCUUUGUUGCCUUCCAACAAUCAAUGUCUGUGAAAAAGAUAUUGAUGGAAGAACAGCUCUUCACAUGGCUGCUUGGGAUGGCCAUCUUCCUGUUGUUCAGUUCCUUUGUACUCAAUCUGGUGUAAAAGCAAAUGAAUUGUCAAAUGCUUGGCUCACACCUCUUGAUUAUGCAAAGAAUGAUCAGAUUAAGAAGUUCCUUCUUUCACAGAUCAAGAAGUAA